AUGGAAGAACGUAAAGUCCUGGAUGGCUCCUUGGUUGCCGAACUGCCUCAGCACUCAACCCUAGCUGCCUACAAGUGCAAGCACGAGCUGGCGGCAGAGGAGCGCUGGGCACAGGUCCGUGAGGAGAGAAAAAAAGAGAAAGAGGAAGAGUUGGGCGCGACGUCCCGCUUGAUAUACGAAAAUUUUGGAGGUGGGGUCUGUGCAUCGGGUGCCAAGCCAGCCUUGCAAGUUUCGGUGGAUACUGCGUACUAUGGUGAGAUGGUGCUCACGAAGCUCUGGUUGUGGUGGUCCGUGCAAGAUACCUGA